GAACAGCCUCGAGCCUUGUUUUCUCUCUUGCUCUGUUCUCCAGCUGCGUUGAUGAUAAUUCCGCGCACACUUGAUUAACACCAAUAUGUCUCGACUCAUAUUUUUCGCUACUUUAGCUUCAAUCGCGCAGAUCGCGAUCUCGCAAACAUACCCUUCUUGCGCUAAUUCCUGCAUCUUCAACACCUCAUUCGCUUCCAGCGCCGGGUGCUUACCGACGGAUAGCUACUGCCUCUGUUCUAGCAGCAUUUUUAUACAAGAGGCGGUGUGUUGCAUCCGCGCGAGUUGCGGGUCUACAGAUCAAUCUAAUGCGUAUAGUACCGCCGUAUACAAUUGCGGGACAUGGGGGGUGACUCUGGUUUCUCUUAGAUCUAUAAGCUGUAGUUCUGUUGCAACUUCUUCACACGCAAACUCCCUCCCCACAACCUCCUCCUACACAUACACGCCCUCGAACUCAAAUUACCGUUCCAAGAACAAAGGUAUCUCAACCGGGAUCCGCGCCGCUAUCGGUUUAGGCAUCACCCUAGUUGGCGGAAUAAUCGUUGGCAUUGCAUGUCUCUUCAUUCUCCGGAAACAGCGAGCUAAAAAGAACGCGAUCGAAGCAGCGAAUGCGCAACGAGCAUCUGCUUUUAUGGGAGGAAAUCAGGGGGGAGGAGGCGGAGGUGGAGGUGGCCUGGAAGUCAAAGGAGGUGCACAAGCCGGUGUGAAUGCGAUUCCUCCUCCUUACACGGCCAGUUCUCCAGGUAUCGGCCUUGGUUCUCAGCAACCUGGAUUCCAAGCACAGCCUGGAUUACAAGCAGUCUAUCCACAACCGCAGAGUCAACCUCAAUCACAAGGACAACUACCCGUAUAUCCGCCGCAGCAACAACAACAAGCACCGGUAUUUCCUCACUACGGAAACAUCCAGUCUCCCAUUAGUCCUAUGUCCUCGCCAUCUCCGCCGCAGAAUGGGGGUAUGGAAUUGCAGGGCCAUGCUAUCUCGUCCUCCCCUCCUCCACAGAACCAGAACGAGAACCAUGGAAUGGAGUUAUACGGAAGUCCCAUAGCACGAGGGCCUCCCCAGCAGCAGCAACAGCAGGGCGGAUUUCAGGGUGUUGAGUUACCGAGUGGGAACACGCAGCCGCGUCACGAACUUUCUUGAUUAUUUCCCUCUCGUCUGGUCGAAGAGUUGUAGGGGCUAGUUCGUGGAGUUGGUUGGGUGUAUGAUUUAGGCAAAGAGAAGAGUGUUUUCCCUCUAGGUAUUUGAGGAGUCUCUCUGGUAUUGGGACAGACGGAGGCAUGUUCCUAUAUUUAUCUCUCACGUCCAGUUGGGACAUGGUGCGAAGAACUGGAAAGCUGACAGGGACAACGGCAGGCGGUAAGCAAAUAAACUCGCGCAUUUCAU